AUGUCAAGCCAAGCUAAAAUUCAUGGUGAUGAUCCUAUUUCUGAUCCCAAUGGGUCUGAUGGUGGAAAUAAUCAACAAACGCCAACGAAAAGAAAGCGUUUGACACAAGCAUGUGAUGCAUGUCGAAAGAAAAAGGUGAAAUGUAGUGGUGAUAAACCUACUUGUAAUAAUUGUUUGCGACUUAACAUAGAUUGUACAUAUUCACCAAGUACGAGAAAGAGGGGUCCCAGAGUGGGAUUGGUUGAAAGCUUGGAAAAACGUCUUCAACAAAUGGAAAGACUUUUACAGCCUCUUAAAGAACAAGGUUUAGUUGAUGAACCGGAUGAUCAAACAUCCAUUCCUACUGCAAAAAAACUUCGUUUAAAUUCGGUAUCGGCCGAUGAAUUUACCGAUAUUACAGACAAUCAAGACAGUCAACAUUAUUCUUCUCUGGAACAAAGUUCACCCAUUUAUCAACAGUCAAAAGAAUACGUUAAAGUCCCGAAAUCACAAUCAAAAUUAAAUGAUCUAUUAUCACCACCAAAUUAUUCUAACGUUCAAAAUUCUCAAUCAGAAUUUAUCAAUUACUUUCCACAAUCGCCUCAAUCCUCAUCACCAGCCUCACAAGCUCGGCAAUUUCAAUUACAUACACCCGUUAGCCGUCACUCUCCUGUAAUAAUAAACGAUGCAAACCCCGAAACUGCCUCAGAUAAUCAAAGUUCUCCAAUAAAAACAGAAGAAAGUGACGACGAAACCUUUAUAUUUUUUGGAAACACUUCUGCUUCUCCAGGAUUUCGAUCUAAUAGCGACCUAAUUGCAUGCUCAAAAAGAAUGAAUGUACAAGGAAAAGAACAUUUACAUAAACAAACAUCUCCUCAAAAGACUAAUAAUUCUUCAGAACAAAAUACUCCAACUAUGAAUUCUUAUACAAUUGUGUUAAGCAGGCAGAAUAAUGAAUACCCAUCACAAGAAAUUAUAGAACAUCUCUGUUCAUGCUAUUUCCGACAUAUUGAUAAUCAAUUUACAAUACUUCAUGAGGCAACCUUUAAACGACAAUUACGACAAAAAAAAGUUUCGACUUUUCUUAUUCUUUCGAUGUGUGCUUUAGCCGCGAGAUUUACUGAUAAUCCUACUAUAAAAAAAGAUCCACCUUACUUAUCAGGCGAAACUUUUGCAUCUCUCGCCACUCAGAUGAUUAUACCAUCACUAGAUAAACCUUCUAUUGAGGUUGUUCAAGGAAUCGUUUUUCUUACUAUGCAUACUUAUGGCUCAUUAAAGGGACCAAGAUCUUGGAUGUAUAUUGGAAUGGCCAUAAGGUUUGUUAAUUCUUACUUGACGAUGGCACAAGAAUUGGGUUUGCAUAAAAUUGAUAGUCCAUCUUCAAAUACUCCAACUAAAAAAGAUUCGGAGGCAGCUUUUAUUACAAAAGAGACCCGAAGGCGUACUUUCUGGGUAUGCUUUAUGUUAGAUAGAUUUUCAGCUUGUGCUCUUGGAAGACCUACAUUGAUAGAUGAGGAAGAUUGUGAUGUUAGAUUUCCUUGUGCCGAUUCAAUUUGGAGUUCGGAAUAUCCAUUCACUAAUCCAUUAAUCAAUGAAUAUCUUAAAGAAAAUUAUGUUAGAACAGAUUCUCGCUUCACACUUGUGCAUAAUGGUCUCUUUGCCAUCCUUUGUAGUGUCAUUAUUUUAUUAGGUCGAGUUUCACAAUAUGUUAAUCGUACUAAGCCAACUUGCGAACUUCAACCUUGGGAUCCGCAAUCUGAAUUUGCAAAGCUGGAAAGAGAGAUAGAAGAGUGGUAUCAAACAAUCUUGAUUGAUUAUAAAUACUCUAAAGACACAUUUAAUUCAAAUGUUACUGGUGCAACAUUAGCAUCGGUGCAUUUGCUAUAUUACGCGGUGGUAGUGGUUCUCAAUAGACCGAACGUUGCACUACAGAACAGUGAUAUAGAAUUAAAAUUUGCGGCAAAAUCAGCAGCAAAAUGUAGUGCCGCUGCAAAUCAAGUCACUUCUAUAGCAGCCGAUGUUAUUCAUUACGGAGUACAUUAUAUGUGUCCAUUUACAGUAUAUCCAGUGUUUGCUACAGCGACUAUUCAUAUCAAUGAUAUGUAUAGUGAAGAUGCUAACAUUGCAAAUGCAGCCAGGGAAAGUUUAAAGAUUCAUAAAGAAUUUUUGUUGGAGAUGUCACCAAUUUGGGCAAUGGCCGGUAGAAUGAAUUGGAUGGUUGAAGAAAUGUGCGAAGUUAGAAAUGAACAAACUGAUACCGAUACAAAUUGUGGAAGCGCAUUUUUCUUCGAUCGUAAAAAAAAAUUUCGUAAUAGAACCGAUUUAAUGUCUACGGGAACCGAUGCAGGUUUCGUGACAUUCUGGAAUCGUGCAAAUAAUAAUAUAAUAGACACAAAUUUCAUUAACAAUAUGCCACCCAUGGGAUUUCCAGAUCAACUAUUAUCACCUCGAUGGCUAUUUAACGAUUCACCGAUCAUUGGUGAUUGGACAAAUUUUCUUCGUGCAAAUUCGCCGGGAACCUUGAAAAGACUCGCUAAAAAAGAACAUGAUGAAAAUGAAUAUGACUAUUUCUCUCAAGACAUGGCAUUAUAUGGGGGUACUCCAUAUUUUUAUGAAACAGCGCCGCCGUUCCCUGACAUGUCAGUAGGACAAAAUCUUCCAGAAUUGUCACCAAGAUUUUUGCAAACAAAUCGUCAAGCUAUUAAAAAUUGGGCAGAUAUAAGCUCAAUUGAUUCUUUCACUCAAGCUGCUUCCAUUAAUACAGCUCCUGCAUUAUCAAAUGUUGGAAAUAAUACAAUUUCACAAGAUUUAAAUUCUAUCGAUACGUCAAUUAAUUUUGAAUCUUCUAAUGUAAACGAUGUAAACAAUCAGGGUAGAAGUAGAACAACAGAAAUUCGGAUAGAUCCAAUUCUUCGUUAG